UGUACGAACGAGGACUCUUAUUUAACAAGAUGGCUGCGCACAGAGCGGACGCUGAGGGUGAAAUUGUCUACGCCUGUAUAUCAAAUAUCCCGCAUGAAUUUCACUCUAAGAACCUUCGAAAUUACUUUUCACAGUUUCUUGAGGUCGGAGGGUUCCAGUGUUUUCAUUUCAUUCACCGGCCUGAAGCGAAAAUCUCUGAAAAUGGGUUCAAAACCGCGGCUUCGUACCACUCGACGACGAGUAACGUUACGGCUUCGGAUGACGUCACAUCAGGGAAAGUGCGCACAGUGGACAGCAGCUGCAGAACUUUUGAUGAAGAAUGCGAAGAAGGCUUUCCGAGGCAGAACACUGGAGAUAUUGAAAUCAAAACCAGAAAGAACAAGAAAGGCAGUGCACUGAAUACUGGUGCUAAACAACAGACAACGACAUGCUGUGUCAUUUCGUUAACAGAAUCCAACUUUGGAAAGCUUAUGAAAAUGUACUCAGGAAAGAACUGGGUGGACAGUGAAAGUUCCGUAAUGGCACAGCUAUGUCACAUAUCAAGAAUAAAGGUUGUAGAUGAAGACAUCGACAAAGAGCCACCAAGAUCUUCGCGACAAGCUUUAUCGAAGUCAUCAAUUCGAAAGCAAGAAGGAAUUGCCAUGAUAAGUGGAACAAUGUCAAGAUCGAUGCUGCAGAAGUUGCGUGAGCUCCACCCACCGGACGUCAUGCCCAAUGGCAAUGUUGGCACGCCAACCUCUGUCUUCAGUCAGCUGAUCAAAGAGUGCCGACUUCCUCCCCGGGUCAUUAAUCAGCUGGGAAUCGUUUUCCCAAAGAGUCGUUCCAACAAAAGAUAUGGGAAUGUGGCAUAUGUUUAUGAUGGGGAGAUCUAUGUUGCUGAAGAAGAAGAAGAAGUAGAAAAAGAUGUGGCUACAGGGAGUGGUUAUACAUUACGCCGGGACAAGAGGACAUGUUUGAGUCAGAACCAGGUCUCAAAUCAAGUGCAGGACAAGAAAAAGAAGAAGAAAGAAAGAAAACACAGCAAGACAAAGAAGCAGAAAACAGGCCUUGACAACAUCAGCAGCAGCAAUAAUUGUCUUUCUCCCCCAAAAUCAGACAAGGAUGAUGACUCUGGUGAGGAAUGGGAUCGUCAUGAAGCCUUGCACAAUGACGUGACCAAUCAGGAGAGGACAACGGAGCGCCUGUUUGAGAGUGAGAUGGAGGUCACCUGGGACAAGGGAAGCAGUGGACUUGUCUUCUACACCGACGCUGCAUUCUGGGACAAGCAAGACGGCGAUUUUGAUGAGAAAACUGCAGAUGACUGGGAUGUUGACAUGAGUGGCUACAAUGACCCAGAUGGAGGGGAUAAAGAUGCUCGUGACUUCAUUCAGAUGAGAGAACAGCAGAGAAGACUUGAGGGAGUAGAGAUUGUUAGUGCCUUCUCCCCAGACAAAUUCAACAAGAAAGAGAUGAGAGAAAGGAGACGGAGAGCAAGGCUGAGAGACGAGAUGGACAAGAGAAUUGCUGAGGACUUAGCACGACCCAUGGGAGAAUUUGAGAAACACUCAAAAGGUUUUGGGAGGAAGUUGAUGGAAGCACAAGGUUGGAAGGAAGGUGAAGGAUUAGGGAAGGAUGGAAACAAAGGAAUGGAAUCGGCAUUACACAACGAAGGACAGAACAGCUUUGAUAAAAGAGGCAUUGGAUAUUACGGGAAGCAGCUGUCACCAACUAAAAGUUCCCAGCCUGCCUUUAAAAGACCUAAAAAAGGCAAAAGAGCGGUCCUGAUCUCAACCAUCUACGAUGACCCUGAGGUGACUGACCCCAUGGAACGGCUGCUCAGAUCCCAAGGACCGAACAGUUUGAAAUUUAGAAACAAUGUGAACUUCACCAAAGCUGCGGGCACAGACUUGAAAAGAUUGCAUAGUGUACCUGAAAAGGAAAAGCCAACCGUUAAUUAAAACAUGUUACAAAGUUACAUUUAUUUAUAUUUU